GAGAACUAAUCUAGAACAAAGAAAGUGUAUUUUUCAUCGGAGUCUCUUAGAAAAUCAUGAGUUUUUACGCACAAGUUGGUUUUAUUACUCUCUUUAUGUUAUUACUCACUAUAUCAGAUGUAGAGAGCAUGUGGACGCUGGAAAAUGUAGCUGUAAAAUAUGGAGGAUCGGUCACUAUUCCAUGUCUUUAUGAUGAGCGAUACAAAACAAAUUCUAAAUUCUGGUGCAAAGGUUAUUACUGGUCUACCUGCAGCAUAGAAGCUUACGCAAACACACCUGGAAGUACAACAGUAAUUGAUUAUCCAGCACAUAAUAUGUUCACUGUGGAAAUAAACGCUGCCAACUUAGAAUAUGGAUAUUACUGGUGUGCAGCAGAAAUUGGCAAUAAAUGGAAAAUGGAUGACAGUGUUUCUUUGUACCUGACAGUUGGUAAAGAUCCUGAUCUGUCUGUAGUGAUGGGCAGAGUGAGUGGUGCAGAGGGUGGAAGUGUCACAGUCCAGUGUCUCUACAGUGCUGCGUAUAGAGAGAAACAGAAGCAGUGGUGCAGAUUCAGAGACAGAAGCUGCAACACAGUGGGGAAGACUGACACAUCCCAGAAUUCAUCAGUGCACAUCAGUGAUAAUGGGAGAUCCUUCAGUGUGGAGAUGAGAGGACUGAAGAAGAGUGAUGCUGGCUGGUACUGGUGCAGUGCAGGAGAUCUGCAGGUUCCUGUUCACAUCAGUGUCAGUGAUCCACCUCCAGCAGUGACUAAAGCAAUGACUACAACAGUGACUGAAACAGUAACUACAACAGGGACUACACUCACUUACCAUGUCAGUAGUUACACAUCUGUCUUGAAGAACAAUUCAGCAACACCUGUGACUGCAGUAUCUAGCAGUGAGAAAACCACAUCUGUCUUGAGGAACAAGACCACACAAGUGUCUGCAGUGUCUAGCAGCAAGGAAACCACACUCCUCCUGCUUUGUUCUCCCUGACUGCUGAAGAGCUUGCCACCUUUUAUGACAGGAACUGUUCCCCUUUUGUUCAUUGGCACAAUUUUCAAAUCUAGCAUGCGAAGAGAUUCUGUAAGUCAACCUGUCCUCCAGUGCUACCACCUGCCUAUUACAUCCACAAUGCCCGGGACCAUCCAACAAGUCCUCUUACCCUAUCAUCGACAGUUCCAUAAUGUCUGGUCAUUUACCUGCUGCAUUGCUCUUACAGAAUGACACCCAGCACUGCACCACAGUCUCUUCGAUCUUCUCUCGCUUUAUUAGAACAGUGAAACUAAAUUUAUUUCUAAUAAGUAGUUGGGCAUCUUUAACAAUAUUUUAGACUGAGUUAAUUCUUAUACAGCAACCUAGUGAACCAGUAAAAAGAUGUGUUUAGUAAUAGAGGCUUCAAAGCAGUUAUGUAAGUUCCACUGGAUAACAUCUGACAGAUGCCCUUAAUGUGAAAUGUGUCACCUCAGUACAUGCUGAAAUAUGGACUGUGAUUGAUUUCUGAUUUGUUUUAUGUUUCAGAAAACCAGUACAGUUUUGUAUUGCAUACAACUGAAUGC